GGCGAACAGCGAACGAAAGCAGACUCAUACUUAGCCACCGUGUUUCACGGGAGCGGUACAAGAUUUUCUCGCCUGGAAGCUUCGGAGAAUGAUAUAAGUGUUUUUUUACGGCAUGGAUUCCGCUCUAGAGAUCGCUAGCGACGAUGACAGGCGUAGCUGCUGGGUUUGCUUCGCGACGGAUGAAGACGAUCUUGAGGCGUCAUGGGUCGAGCCCUGCAAGUGCAAAGGGACCACAAAAUGGGUCCAUCAACAAUGUUUGCAACGUUGGAUCGACGAGAAGCAGCGAGUCAAUCAUACACAGAGAGUGAAUUGCCCACAAUGCAACACGGAGUAUUUGAUCUUCUUUCCGAAGUUCGGACCUUUCGUCUACGUCUUGGAUCUCGUUGAUCGUCUCCUGUAUAGAGUUUCGCCCUUGCUUACAGCUGCUGUUGUUCUGGGUUCCGUGUAUUGGUCGGCGUUGACGUACGGCGGAAUCACAAUAUUGUUGGUUUCUGGACAGAAUGAAGGCGUUCGCAUAAUCGAGCAGGCGGAUCCCAUAUUCCUCUCCGUGACCCUCCCAACCAUCCCUGUCAUGCUAAUUGUGAUCAAAAUGGUUCCUUGGGACAACUAUCUGCUCAAACUCUGGUGGCGACACGCAUCGAGAUUACCUGACAUGAGAGGUUUGUGCAGCUCAUUACGCGGUGAACUGCCCGGUAAUACAUUCGUUGAGCCACCAGAAACAGUCAAUCGGCUAUUGGAUCGAACUUUGUUAAACGAUAGCUACUCUGCGACGCGAGUGUUCGUUUCCGCUCUGAUGCUGCCUGCCGUAGGUGCUCUGGUUGGCCGAACAUGCUUUUCAGGGGUGCGAACUCCCCUUCAAAGAACAUUGUUGGGGUGCUUCUCUUUCAUAAUGGUGAAAGGAGUUUUCAAGAUCUACUUGCGGCGGAAGCAAGUUCUGCGCCAGCUAAAACGCAAAGUGCUCAAUUACGGCGAUGACAUCAACGAGGACGAGGAACUGGCGCUAUACGGAGAAGACGAGGACUAACUUUGGACUUACUGAAUCGAGGGAAAUUCUCGAAGAACUCAACAAUUAUCAUCAUACACGAUCAUCGAUUCUUACACUCUCGCGAGUGAUCCUAUGCAUGCGCAUGACUCUAUUCGAAUAAUUAUGACGGUUUUGUUACGUUUGCGGAGGCUUGCAGAUACGGAAUAAUUCUUGUAGAGCCGAUAGGAAUCGCAGCAUCUUGCUUGUGGAUGUUGAAUGAUUCUCGCCUUUUCCCAAUGGGGAUCGACUAGAGCCGAGAGUGUUCACUGUACGUUUUCGGAAAUAAAGAAUGCUGCGAUUUGCACUGUUUCAACAAAGAAGUA